UGCUAUUGGCCCUCUACCAUCAUGUAUCUUAUUAGCAUGAUACAACAUAUUAGGUAAUAGCAGGAGGUAGUUGUUUUAGUUAACCAGGCGCUUAGGGUAACCCCUCUGACUGACUUUCUCAAGAGAUUAAAUAAAUAAUACAGAGAAGAUAAAUAUUAUAUGGAUAAGGUAUUGGGAAAGAGCCCACCAGAAUCGAUAUGAUAAGUCUAAAUCUUUGAGGAAAUAGACUUCAAUGAAGACCUUAACCAUCAAGAGCAGAUUGAAGAGUUUCUCGAUAGACAAGAUUAUUGGCUGAAUGUGGCAGCUUUCUACAAAGCUUCCCUGUAUAAGGAGGUUAAACAAGACUGUGAAGUCAGAAGAUCCUUUGAGAUUCCCUCUAGUUAUGUGCCGAUAUUAAUAUUCACUCUAAGCUCUUCAGACAGGGUUAUGGAUAGUGUAUAAUCCAACCUAACUUUAUUCUGGUUGGAUUGAAUUAGCGUACUCUUUAAUUAAGUUAAUCCUAGUUGAAAUUUUAGUGCUUUUUAUAUCCUGAAUCAUAUCUU